UCCCUCCGCGAGAAAGCUGAGCUUCUACCCGAAGAGUCCAACUCUGUACUCAUGGUGACGGUGCGGUGCUACACCACCUCUGAAAAAAAGCUCUCCUGGAGUCAUCGCUGAAGUUCUUUUUGCAGCUGGACUGGAGGAGCUCUGGUUUUUAUUCGCCCUCGUUAUGCGUAAAAAGGCGCACCGCCGCUCGUCGUGACGCAGCGUCGCCGUCUUUGGAUGUACAACUUUUUCCCGUGAAAAAAUAUUUACAAACGACAACUUGUUCCCAAUGAGGAUUAUAAAUACCAUGAGGAUUCUGUGGGUGUUUGUAUUUUGCUUCCUUGACGUAUCAGAUGCUGUGAUCGACUUGACGAUGAUAUCCACGGCGGAGGUCACCAACGUCAACCACUUCUCCAUCUCUUGUAUCAAUGGAGAGCGCAACCCCGACCAGGUGGAGCUGGACAUCAAGAAAGACAAUAAGAUCCUCAUCUUCCCCAAGAAACCACAUUUCAAAGUACACAAGCCCCGGAACAGGGAGGCGGUGGCCAGAGACUUCCGAGAUCUGGGUCACAUCGGCAUCUUCUACUGCGAAUCCACCCAGGAGGUUCCCCCGCUGGAGACGGCCACGAUGAUCAAUAACUUUGGCAGAGCUAAUUUUGUCCCGACACACUUGACACUGACUGCCAACAAAGGGGAGACGGUUCACCUCAGCAUGCAGCUGCUCAGCUCCCAGAAGAGAGACGUGACCUGGAAGUACAACGGAAACUACUAUUAUAUGACUCACUGGAACGACAUGGUCAACCGCACGGCCGUGCUCUCGGUGGAGAACGCAGAUUUCGCCAAUCAAGGCAUCUACAGCGCCAGCUACGUGGGAGACAUCCCCAUCCAGGGCGCCUGGAUGAGGCUCAUUGUCAGAGAUUGUCCCGGUAAGAAGUGGGGACCUAACUGCGACAAGGACUGUCCGGAGUGUCUCAACGGCGGAGUGUGUCACGAUGUGGACGGAGACUGUAUCUGUCCUCCGGGAUUCAUGGGGACGCGCUGUGAGACAGCCUGCAGAGAAGGAAUGUUUGGCCGUAACUGCCAGGAGUCGUGUGGCUCGGAGCUGAAAUGCAAGGGCCUUCAGUUCUGCCUGCCGGACCCUUACGGCUGCUCCUGCGCCAGCGGCUGGUUUGGGAGCCGCUGUGAGAAAGACUGCGAUAACGACAUGUACGGACCGGACUGCAGGCUGAGCUGUAAAUGCCAGAACGGAGGCGUUUGCAACCGCUUCAGUGGCUGCCAGUGUCCCACAGGGUGGAGGGGGCAGAACUGUGAGAAGUCUGACCGGGCCCCACAGAUCUUGGAUCUGGAUAGUAAUCUGGAGUGGAAUCUGAACUCCAGCCCCAAGAUCUUGUGUUCGGCCACCGGCAACCCGCUGCCCAGCCACAACAGCAUUGAGCUGCGGAAGUUGGACAGCACCGUCCUCAAGGCUUCUCGGACUGUCAUGGACUCAAAUAAGAGCACGGCCCUGUUUGAAAUCCCUCGUCUCACUGCUCAACAAGGGGGGCUGUGGGAGUGCCGGGUGUCCACUAAUGGAGGCCAGGACUCGCGCAAGUUCAACCUCACCAUUAAAGAGCCCCCGGUUCCCACUACUGCUCCCAAACUGCUGGAGAAAAUGAGCAAGCAGCUGCUGGUGAUGCCCGUGGAUUCCCACAGAGGAGACGGCCCCAUCGUCUCCACCAGGCUCCUCUACAAGCCCGUGGAGAACGGAGACUCCUGGUCCUCCAUCAUAGUGUAUAGUGACAAGGAGCUGAUCACGCUGAUGAACCUGGAGCCCUCCACACGCUACCGCGUCCGCGUCCAGCUGAGUCGCUCUGGGGAAGGCGGAGAGGGGGCCCCGGGGCCGGAGGCCAUCAUGGAGACCGAUUGUCCAGAGCCCACAGUUCAACCUGAGAUUGACAUCAGCUCGGUGGAAGGCCGCAAUGCCACCGUGCGCUGGCGGCUGCCCGCCAACAACGGCGUUAACGCCGGCACGGCCAGUGGCUUUUUAGUGCGUCUCUUCGGGCCUCCGCCCGCGAGUGAGAAGCUGCUGGAGGAGACCACCCUGCUCACUGUGCUCUCCACAAAGUUCCACAACAUGAAGUACCAGCAGGACUACGCGGUGGUGGUGCGCCUCAUCAACUGUGGCAGCCAGGGGCCGCCCUCCAAGCCCUACCUGUUCCGCAUCAACAGCCAGGGUCCGUCAUCCCCACGCAACAUCCAGGCCCUGCCCUUGUCCACGUCGGCCAUCCAGGUGAGAUGGCAGCCCCCCGAAGACCCCAACGGAGGCAUCGUCAAAUACAUCAUCGAGUAUCAGCCGGUGGGCCGAGGGACGCCGCACCCUUGGGUGGACACGGACGACGGAAACAAGACCGCCAAAGACGUGACGGCGCUCAACGGCAGCACGCUCUACCAGUUCAGAGUCAGGGCGUUCUCCAAAGUGCCGGGAGAGUGGAGCAAGAUUGUUCAGGCGAUGACCCAAGGGGACGGCCUUAAGAGUUUGCCCCCGACCACCCAGGGUGUGGCCGGGAGGCCCGCCGGGGACAACUACCAGCUGCUGGUGGCCGUGGUGGGCUCGGUAACCGUCACCUGCGUCACCAUCCUGCUGGCGCUGUUGGCUCUCUUCUUCAUCCGCAAGACGAUGCUCAGCCGCCGGCGCACCUUCACCUACCAGUCUGGAUCCGGUGAGGAGACCAUCCUGCAGUUCAACUCGGGAACUCUGACCCUGACACGGAGGCCCAAACCGACACCGGAGCCCCUGACCUAUCCCAUCCUGGAGUGGGAGGACAUCAAGUUUGAAGACGUCAUUGGAGAGGGCAACUUCGGCCAGGUCAUCAAAGCCAUGAUCAAGAAGGACGGCAACAAAAUGAGCGCAGCCAUCAAGAUGCUGAAAGAGUUUGCCUCAGAGAAUGACCACCGGGACUUUGCAGGCGAGCUGGAGGUUCUGUGUAAACUGGGCCAGCAUCCGAACAUCAUCAACCUGAUCGGAGCCUGUGAGAACAGAGGUUACCUGUACAUAGCUAUCGAAUACGCCCCCUACGGCAACCUUCUGGACUUUCUGAGGAAGAGUCGAGUGUUGGAGACCGAUCCUGCCUUUGCCAAGGAGCAUGGCACUGCUUCCACCCUCACGUCCCAGCAGCUGCUGCAGUUCGCCGUCGACGUGGCAACCGGGAUGCACUAUUUAAGUGACAAACAGUUCAUCCACAGGGAUCUGGCAGCCAGGAAUGUUCUCGUAGGAGACAGCCUCGUGGCGAAGAUAGCAGACUUUGGCCUGUCCCGUGGCGAGGAAGUUUACGUUAAGAAGACAAUGGGGCGGCUGCCCGUACGCUGGAUGGCCAUCGAGUCCCUGAACUACAGCGUGUACACGACCAAGAGCGACGUGUGGUCUUUCGGUGUUCUCCUCUGGGAAAUUGUGAGCUUAGGUGGCACACCAUACUGUGGGAUGACGUGCGCCGAGCUUUAUGAAAAGCUGCCCCAAGGCUUCAGGAUGGAGAAACCCAAAAACUGUGAUGACGAGAUCUAUGAGCUGAUGAAACAGUGCUGGAGGGAUCGGCCCUACGAGAGACCCCCCUUCUCCCAGGUCUCCGUCCAGCUCAACCGGAUGCAGGAGGCCAGGAAGGCUUACGUGAACAUGGCUCUCUUUGAGAACUUCACCUACGCCGGGAUCGACGCCACGGCCGAGGAGGCCUGACCACCAGCCCCCCCAGACCCGAGCGUUCCACGUAGCCUCCAUAGGAACAGGUCCCGAGGACGGUCGCCACGUUACUGCCACCACCCCCCCGCCGCCGCCGCUCGACGCCACGACAGGAGGACCAGGCGCUCUGCCAAAGCCGCCCGGCUAUAGACGGAGGACUGUGAAAGGACACUGUGUGUGGCGGUAUCGGAGGCGUUAGGAGAUGAGGAAGUCUCGACGGAUCGAUGAGAUUCCUACCGACCUUUUUGGGACCCCAAUGACUCCAAAAGCAGUCCCAGAAAAAAAAGGCACAUCAUUGUUACCUCUUGGUGUUUCCAAAGUUACAAUGCUGGACCCUUUUCUCUGACUGUUUUAGGGGACGCAGCAUAAAUAAGGAGCUAUGUGACUUGCUAAAAACACCACAGGGUCUGUGGGGAUGUCGACGCAGGACUUUAUCUUACCUCCAUUGGUCUGAAUGGAGAAGGAAUUUCUUCUUUUUUGAAGAUGAAAUUCAAAAAGGAGACAGUGUGAAUCACACAUAUUCAAGAUCUCAGACUGCUAGAAAAAGGAGGGAAGGAUCAUACAUUGUAUAGCACUUAAAGCAGCCUCAUUCAUGCCAAUCGGUGUAUUUUACAGUUUGCCUAUCACUGCCAUGUGAAUGUAACUACUACUGUAUAUAUUUUGUAUCAAAGCCUCCUAAUUGAAUGUAGUCAACGAUAUAAAAUGACAUAAAUGCAACACGGCAGAUGCUCUAUGUGUGACAAGUUGUUUGGAAAAUGUUACCAACACAGAGCAGAUACAUAGCUAGUCUGCUAGCUACCAACAUGGUAGUUUAUCUUUAACACUAUGCAAGCUAACGCAACGUAUGGUAAUGUAUCUUUUAUAUGAGAAUGUAUUUUUUCUUCAUUUACUGGUUCCUUGAAUAAAGGUUUUGUGUGGUGA